AUGCGCUCACUGCACGUUCUUAUCGCCAUGGUGGCUGCUCUCCUCGUCUGCUUUUCGGCAGCCGAACCUUCGAACGUAAUCACGAACCAAAGGCGUUUGCUGCGAGGUGACAACACAGUUGAAGUGAGAAGCGAAGACUCUGCUUGCUGGAGUACACUGAAAACAAAAAUUAAAUUGCAGUGGUGGCUGGAGACCGGAAGGUCCGACGACUAUGUCAUGAAGAAGCUGAAACUGAACGGGCUAAAGGGUGCAGCUCUUACGACCCACAAGAACUACCAGAUUUAUGAUCGGUUUGCUAAAAAGGCUCUAAUGAAUCGACUCAGCAAGCGGCUUGAAGACAACACCGCCACAUAUAGUGUCUGGAAGGAGUUGGGCCUGGAUCACGUUAGCAAAGCGUCCGAUCUCCCGAAGAUCAUGAACAGCGAGAAUUUCAAGAUCUACGAGAAAUACGUGAAAGCAUUCGACGAUAGGAUCAUUCACCUGUGGAGGACUUGGCAUGGAGUUGUUCCGCAGGCCGCGGCGAUCACUAGAGAGGUCACGGAAGCGGAGAUGACGGCGAGAACUUUUUUUUUGGCCCAAUCAAAAAUUAAAACGAAUGACGCAAAAGUGCUGCUGGGCUUGACUGUACCCGGCAAGUCGAGGUUUACAUUAGCAGGAGACGCCUUGGAGAGCCACGUGGACUACAAGUACUUCAACAAGAUCUUUGUGGAGGAGGGGCCGAGUUUGAAAAACCAGCCGCUUACAUUGAAAUUGCUGGCAAGCAUCGCGGAAAAAAUUUCUCCCAGCUCAAAGACCGAUUGA